AUGGAAGCCAAGUUUUUCUUUGCAGCGUUGGUUCUCAGUGCUCUUUCUCCCAUUUCAGGCUUCAACCAAGGUAAGGUUAAUUCGUUUAAUUUGUUUAGUCCAAAGUUUGAAGAAUUAUACAGGAUUUGGUAUGUAUUUAUUCAUAUAAAAACGUCAGACGUGCUAGAGCAGAUUUGACCUCUGGCAUCAUGGCUCAUGGUAUUAACCAAAACGAAGCAAAAGUGAACAAUCUUUGACCACUCACAAACACUCUUGCUAGAUUUCUUCAGAGGAGAAGCUACACUUUAGGUCUAUCUCAGUGGGGAGGAAUUUUGUUCCCCCAAUCAAUUUAAUCUCUAUUACCCUCUUGUUCAGCGCUAAAUACUAACGGAAGCUCAGGUGAUACAGUGAUAAUUCAAGUUAACGAAACCGUGAUCUCAAACUUUUUCAUAAGAGGCUGCAUGCCUUGCUCUAAAUUAAGCAGACGUUGCUUCAGUAUAGUGAGAGAGGAAAGAAAGCUUCCGUUCUUCUCCUAACAAUUUGGUCAUGUCUUGUUUCGAUUGUUUCGCUACUAAGCAACGGAAGGGGUUUUUUUUUAUAAAGCCAGUCUUGUUUUUUUCCCGCUUACAGAGGCCUCUUUUCUCUGGGGAAAGCAUUUUUCUCUCCUAACAAUUUGGUCACGGUAGCCGUCUUGUUUCUCGAAAAACGGAUCGUAGGCUUAAUUAGUUGCAAUAACGAAAUAGUAAACUUUCUCUCUUUUUUCAUAAAAGACUGUAGUUCUGAGGUACGCGCUGUCAAAUCAAAGCAGACAUUGCGAAAUUAAAAGGUGAAAUACUAGUUGUGUUACGCAUACCAAAGUAAAUAGGAUUCACACACUUGGUAAAUAAUAGCAAGGUAAAGUAAUCUGGGUUUACAUUACGGCACGUUUCAAGCAUUCGCCGAGGCGAUACGAGACGAAAGCUUUGACCACACACAAAACAGACUUUCUAGAUCUCCGCGCUAUAGGGGAUAUACGAAACACAAGCGGUGUCAAACGGAGGGGAAGCAUUUCGGCAGCCCAAGCAAUAUUUUACAAUCUUGCUCGAAAGCCCCAGCUAGUGAAAGCCUUGUUGGUACAGUCAAACCCCGUUAUUACGUAACUACAGUCGACUCUCUCUUAACGGACACCUCUAUAAGACGGACACCUCUGUAAAACGGACACCUAGAGUUGGUCCCUGCCUUGUUUAUUCCCUUUAUUUGACUCUUUAUAAGACGGACAAAGGUGUCCGUCUUGCAGAGAGUUGACUGUACACUGAAGGGGCCAUAGAAGCUAUCCGGGGGGGGGGUACUUUAGGAAUUUCUGGGUGGGGAUGUGCCGCCUGGACCCUGGAACCCUUAACCUAUACCAGAGCUAGUUCAGCUAAAUUUUGCUACCCUAUACUAGAGUAAACUCCCCAAAUCCCCCUAUCCUAGAGUAGCUGUUUCCCUUGUCCAGAUAAAAUCUUUAACCAACUGAUCAGUUUCCUGAAAAAUGAUACCCUAUUCUAGACCCAAACGCUCUGAUUUAUAUACCCUAUCCUAGAGUAAACUGCUUGAAAACCAUACCCUUCACAGCGGCACGUACCUAUAUAGCCCAUUUAAGGCAGUAUCCCCCCCCCCCCCCCGGAAAGAUUCCGUUUUUUAAAAAAAGGUGUCGCGUUUAACGGGGCCAUCUUAUUAAAGCCAAAAAACCAUUUAAUAAAAACAAAAAAACUAAAAAAAAGAAAAAUAAAAAAAAAAACAUAAAAAUAAAAAAAUAUUAAANAUCCUAGAGUAAACUGCUUGAAAACCAUACCCUUCACAGCGGCACAUACCUAUAUAGCCCAUUUAAGGCAGUAUCCCCCCCCCCCGGGAAAGUAUCCGUAUUUUAAAACGAGGUGUCCGUAUUAAGCGGGUCAUCUUAUUAAAGCCAAAAAACACUUUAAUUAGAAAAAAAAAUCUAAAAAAAGAGAAAAGGACAUAAACAUCGUCAAAUUAAACAUCUCUUAGAACCUUCACAAAGCCGUCAUUCAGCAGACUAAAUCCGCGAAAGACUCAAAACUUAAUUGCUCAUCUGGCAUUACUUAAUCAAAAACCGUGCGUUCUCUGCAUAACUGUCAUAACUCGUUUGAUGCCAAAAUCGUUUGAAAUUGACGUCUACAAAUCAACCUAUCCGGUGUACUGUCCGGUGUACUGUAGCUGUCAACUGAAGGUUUAGGAUGGGUAAAACUGGCGAGAAAAUGCUUUCAAGUCAGUCUGGUUCGAGUUCUCCUUUUUUCUGACUUUUGUGACGUAACGACGCCUGAAUGACCCCGCCGAGCAUGCCACAUAGAACGUCUUUUGUGGGCGGACAACUUAAUUGUUAAAUUACUUCGGCGAUCCUAUUUGCCCUUUGGUCCGGACAAGGCACAUUUUAAGGCAAAAAAAACAACAACAACAAAAGUAAAAUCUGAUCGAUCAUUGUUUCGAUCGUUUUAUUACGAACUGAGCCUAAGUUUUUUUUUUAACAAAACGACCAUGGAGAUGAAAUUGAUUUGGAAAGUAAAAGGCUGACUAUGAGCUAGCCUCCCACGCAGGCGUGGGAGGCAAACUACGAACGUCUCUCUUUUUUCUUAGUCCGUCAAAGGGAAACGCGCGAUACUCGAAAAUGACCACGCGCAGGACUGAAGGCGCGAGACUCACUCACUAAAUCUAAAGAAAAAAAGAUGCUGCUCGCAGUCUAGAGAGGCUUCGCCAUCGUGACAUACCUAUUGCUUACUUAAUAGAACAAAACAGAAAACAGCAAAGAACAAAGCGACUCGAGUAUUCCUGGGGAUAUAAAGUACUCAAAUCGCUUUGUUACUUGCUUUUUUUAGUUAUAACAGUUAAUUGGUCUUUGUUAAAACAGCAAGAUUUGGAUACCGUCAUUAUUAUAAAAGUUCUUACUCAGUAUGAUCUGGCGAGUUUUUUGGCGUGUAUAACUGAAUUCAUUUUGCCUUCACUACCCAGAAAGACACCCAUACAAGAGUAGAAACAGGUGCCUAUAGGUCAGAAAGGACCUCAAAGCCAGUUUAACCCAUUCGCCCCUGAACCGCCCGUAACCGCCCGUGCGGAUCCACGUCCUUUCUACCCUUUGUGACGUCAUCAGUUUUAACGGUCAAGGACAACCUUCUUCGCUAACUUGUGUAGAGUGAAGAGAUCUUUCAAACCAUACCAGAAUGAGCACAAUUCAGUCAAGGACACCGGAGAAAGAAGCAAAAAACCACGUGACAUUGACCUGAAAAUCUCCAUGAAAAUCUUGUUCCAUUGCCCACCUACCUUUCCUUUCACCUAAUCCUAAGANGUCAAGGACACCGGAGAAAGAAGCAAAAAACCACGUGACAUUGACCUGAAAAUCUCCAUGAAAAUCUUGUUCCAUUGCCCACCUACCUUUCCUUUCACCUAAUCCUAAGAUCCUAAAAGCUUUCCUAAAAAUUCUUCCCGCCAAAAUGAAGCCUACUAAAUGCCCAGCAAGAGAAAAAAAAAAUGAAGCAAGAAAAGCGAAAAAAGAAGGGAGGAGAAAAAGCGAUCUCGAAAUUUUGCUUUCUGCGCAUGCCCGAACUUCGCAAGCUGAUGUUUUGCAUCUGGAUCAGAAGGCCGCCAAGUGUACGACCUGUAAACCGGUUUGUGGUAAGUUUUAGCCCUUUAUAGUACGACAGUGACCAGAAAACCACUCGACUAGCUUCAAAACGCGUUUUUCAGCAAAAUCUCCAGGAGCGAAUGGGUUAAGUUUAUUGCAAAAUUACCGUAAGAUUACAAGACCGCACUAAAUUACAAACACCCUAUGACGAAAAAAAAAAUCUCUAAAAAAACUGAAUACGACACCGCCGAUAAUACGAAAACCCAAAACCGCUUUGUGGAUAACUCGGCGAACGUAUACCCCGCCUCCUGCUGACUGAUCAGCUGCGGUGCCGACAAGUCGGGGGCAGAGGUCCGCGAAAACUAACGACUUUAAAUUGCCUGCAGACAUAAAUAAACAAAUUGGCAAAUAAAAUGUUAGGAGCUCGAAUGAAUGCUGACCUAGACUGAUUCAAACUUGCAACUAAACAAACCGUAUCUCAGAAAGCUACCCACAAUUCCUCCUAGCCGACCCAGUCCUCUGGUCCGUGCCGGCAAAAUAGCUAUUUCUAUCUGUUCCGUUUUUAAUAUACUACACUUUUCCAGAUGUGUUCCUUUUUUUUCCGCUAACUCCACCUUCACUUUUUUAAUAAUACAGGUUCAGAGAAAACUACAGUAAAGACAAUUUAUGAUGAUAUAGCCCACCUCACGUGUUCAGCGAGUGGUAACCGUUUGCCUUCCGUUAAAUGGGAAAGAGACGGAAAAGAAUUAACGGAUGAAAGUUUGGGCAUAGUCAUCAUAUCCUGGGACAAUGGUACACAAGUCAACAGUCACCUGAUUAUUGCGGUCAACGGCGAUGAACGCUGGGGAAAGUACACUUGUGUUCUGUCCAGCAAUGGCAAAGAAACGCGGGAAAAUUUUGUCAUAGAAAGAGGCGAGAAAGGUCAGUUAAGAUCGUAAUCCAUGUUACUAAUCGAUAUUAUUAUUCAUUCCAAAUAUUUCCCCAAUUCUGAUUGGCUAAUAGCACACGCAUAAUUCUCCAUAACCAGUUACUGAUGACCAAAUUUGGAAGAAUUUUGUGUUUAACGAGGAAAUGACGUCAAAAAUGCAGCCUUCUACAGGUUAAUGCACCGUUAACCGAGAAGACCUGGGGCCAAGGUGUUUUUUUUUGGUUGUGAACUUGAAAUAUGGCGGACAUUUUACUCGUUUCAAGAGUAAGAACUAGGCGAAAAAAGAGCUAAAAACAUGGCAAGAACAGCAAGAAGACAACUCGAAGGGUGGCAUCUGCUAUUUGGAGAAUAUUUGCGGAGCUGAACAACCCUAAACGUGCACUAUCUCGGAGGGUGUUAUCCGUCGAGGCCGUAGGCCUCCUCUAUCUCCAUAAUUCUUCAUAAGAUACUCAGCCUCAUUCAUUAAUUGUUAAAUAUACGACGAAAGAAGGAUAAAAACAGCAUAAAGUUGUAUUAUACUUACUCAUUCGUUAACCUGAUAUAUAAAAACGAAAAAAGAAAAGGUUUAUAGAUGCUUUCUUUUUUGUUAAAUUGACUCGCAGGAAAUGGAGACAAAAACUUGACGAGUGUGGAUUUAAUCGCCAUUGGUGUGGGGUUUGGAAUAACGGUAUGUUUAUCUCUGAUGAUCCUCUACUACAUGAUAAAAGGAAUCAGGCGACGUAAACAAGAGACCCCUGACGGCGAAAAGUCUGUGAAUGGAGAGGUAAAUGUGUAUAAAUGCCUUUUUUGCCGCCAGGUUUGAGACAGAUCUACGUAGACAGUGGAUUGCUGCUGGUUUAUAAAAGUACCGCUCCCUCUAUCUCGUCUCCAGUCUGUCCGUGUUCUUAGGUGACGCGUCUUGCGAGUGUCUUGGAGAGGUUGUCCUUUUCCGACGACGCACUGCGCUCUAUUUUCCUCCCGAAAAUGUCUCAUGACACGUCUUGACAUGACUUAUGUUAUGACCUUUUCAUGGAAAAAUAGAUCAAGUUCAGUAGUCUCAGCGUGGACUAGCCCAUUUCAUUUUCAUUAUUUUCGUACAAUUUACAUAAUCUCUUGGAGUUUCAAACUGUAUAACGAAGUGGUGUUUUUACUUAAUCGUUGGAGUAGUUUUAAUACGCCUAACAUAGCUUUUUGGAGUAGUUUCGAUGUGUCUCCUCUCACAGCUUUUCUUUUGUUUUAUUUUCAAAACAGGUGAACUCAGGGCUUGACGGUGAUACUGCCUUAUAA